AUGUCCGCCAUUAAGUGGUCUUCACCGGUGGUGCUGAAUCAGCUCAUCUCUCUUACAAGACUGCCGGGAGAGAUGCAGCGGGCAGCGGUGGCGGCUGUCACGGCGCACAAGAACUCCUACUCCCCGUACUCGAACUUUUCCGUUGGCGCUGCCCUUCUCCACGACGACGGCAGCGUCACGGCCGGGUGUAACUACGAGAACUGCACGCUGCAAUCCUUCUGUGCAGAGCGCUGCGCCAUUGUGCGAGCCAAUGUGGAGGGUCGCCGGUAUGCUAACGCUGUGGCUGUUUACGGUCGUAGCUACGGCGCUGCCACCGUGGCGCACCCGCCUCCAGCCGACACUCUUUGCACGCCGUGCGGGCUGUGCCGACAGCUGCUGGCCGAGGUGGCUGACCUCUCUCAGAACUUUGGGGAGUUCUUGGUGGUUCUUGUCGCGUACGAUGCGAAGCAGGCGAAGGUGGUGCGUCUAGCAGAUCUCCUACCGGCGAAGUUUGGCCCCGCAGACAUGGGCAUGACCGUAAUGCAGAUGGGCAGCUACCCCUCCGCCUAG